AAAAAAUGUGUGAUUAGGAAAAAAAAAAAAAAAAAAUGUUUGAAAUUAUUAUGUAGGGUAAUAAUUUUUUUUUUAAUCGACUAAUUUACUGAAGGUACUUGGAUUUUACAUGAGUUUGAUGUAGAAGCAUUGAAAAACGAUUUGCGAUGGACGUGCGAACGGAACGUCCUCGAACUGCAGGACGAAUUGCUCCUACAGGACGAGUUACACCGACCGUCCACCAGAAUCCAAAUGCUGGAAGACGAAAAGCCAUUCCCGUUCCACCACCGAGAGUACCAACUCCCAUGCCCACUGCUAACAACAAUAAAGAAAGAAACAAUGCUAAUGUGGUGGAACCCCCUACUGUUCCAAUACACAAAAAGGAACCUCGCGAGAACAUUGCCAGAAUUGCAAAGCGUUAUCUCGAUGAUAACAUGCAGCAGGCGUGGAUCAAUCCUCGUCUAAUAUCAAUGAUAAAUAUGGAAGCGGUAACAUCGACCGAUUACGAUCCAUCGAAUCUCAGUCGGAACUUCAAUCAAGUGGGAUUUAAUACCUACAAUUAUUCCCAAUUCGAGGAUAAAUAUAAACCUCAACAAAUCUUAAAAUACGGCGACGAAUAUCUUGAGUAUGGGAAAAAUUCCGUUAAAAUGGGAUUGAAUGCAAAAUGGUCGUCACGUCAUCAACAAGAAAUAUCAACAAAAUUCAACCAACGACACCCACGAAGUCAUUCACAGCCAGAAAAACAGCAUCAUCAUUACAAUGAAACAAGAUCAAAAUCACAAGACUCAAGAGAAUUGACAUUCUAUCAAAUAGAUCCGCCCCUCAAGUAUGACAGUCAAAACAUCAAAUAUCAUCAUCAUCAUCAUCAUCAUAAUCAUAGAUCGGGUGAGAAAAUUCUCCAAGGCAAUAAAGAAUUAACAUUUUAUGAAAUUGAUGGUCCACCUGUACAUGAGAAAAAAGAAGUGAAAUUUUCACAACCAGAAAAAAUUGAUAAACGUAACGAUAAAAUUAUUUCAUCUAAACAUAAUAAUCAUGGUAAAUUAAUUCAUCAAGAGCAAAAAAUAACAACAAAUUUUCAAAUGAAUAGAUCACAAUCUGAUCUUGGUGAUAAUCAAUUAACAAAUUUUUCACGAUUACAAAAUGGAUCAUAUAGUGAGCCACCGAAAUAUCGUCCAUUUGAUAGGCCACCAAAAUAUCAAGAGACACCACCGAAAAUUGAACCGCCACCAAAAUAUCAUCAGGAACCACCAAAAUAUUCGGAGAUCGUUAAAAAACAAGAGGAUACAAAACAAACUCAGGAGGAAAGGUCCAGACGUCCUACAACAGUUGGGGGUGGCGUUGUUAGUGGUACGAGAGGGGGAAAUGUACAUGGAGUUGAGGCGCCUUCCAAUAUGGCCAGUAUCACGCCAACCGCGCGCGAGACAACACGGGGAGGCGCCGCUACAUCACGUCAGCGUCAACAACUCAAGUCCACUAAUAUAAACAAUGAUUCGACAAUUAAUAAAGAUGAUUUUCAUGAAUCAUCGGAAAAUUUUGAUAAUUUAAAAUCACCACAACAAUUAUCACGUCCAAUUACUUCUAUUGUUAACGAUACGAUUAAGGAUAACAAAUCAAAAAACACUGUUGAUUCCCUUAUCAAGCACAGUGAAACAACACAAGGUCGUCUCAUUGCUGACAAGUCAAUGAUUAAAUUAGAAAAGACAAAAGUCAUCCACGAUAUUGGCGGUAAGUCAUCUGAUAAGAUGAAAUCCGUUCAGGAUUCAGUUCAUAAACAUGAAUCAACAAAGGGUAAAUUGAAUCACGAUACAUUGGCCUAUGGUGGUUAUAAGGUGGAGAAUUUAAAAUAUUAUGGAGAAUUGAAUUUUAAAUCGUAUGGUAAUAUUGAUAAACCGCCAAGUACUGAGAAAAAUCAUCAACAUUCAUCAUCGGAGAAGAGUUAUCAGAUUAAUGAAAAGUGUCAGGGCAAGUUACUUCAGAGUUAUGUGAAGGGUGGUCAGUCAGAAAAAAGUGUUUAUAGUGACAAGUAUGGUGAUCAUUAUUAUCAUAGAUCGUCCCACGUGAAGCCACAAAAUCCGUAUCAAGUUUAUCAGGAGACCAAGUACUCGUAUAACGUGAGUGUCACACCAGGAACACCAGCGCAAGCCAGCGCAGCCGCAGCUUUCUUUGCAAGAGCUGCACAGAAACUAAAUCUUUCGGCGAGUCCACAUCGAAGACGUAGAUCAGGCGAUGAUAUUGAUGAACAACCCUUUUUUCCCAAUGGCUAUGCAGCUCUUCUACAGAAAUCUCCUCCUCCUGCACCACCGGCACUUCUUAGGAGGAUAGGCGUCAAAGAGUUGUCUGGAGUCGGAAAGGUGAAGGUAAUGUUAAGAGUCUCGCCUGGAGAGGGUGGUAGUUUUUUCAACGCCGACAAAAGGAAAAAGCAAGUGACCUUGAUCGAUCCAGCCUCGGCCCAAUCUUCAACAGCUGAAGAUCGCAGGCCGACUGUUGCCGCACCAAAAAUGUUCGCUUUCGACGCAAUUUUCACGGAAGAAGAUUCUCAGACGGAAAUUUGCUCGAGCGCUCUCACAGAUGUCAUCCAUGCUGUAAUCAAUGGAACAGACGGCUGCUUGUUCUGUUUAGGACACGCUGGUCUCGGAAAAACUCAUACAAUGUUGGGAACUCCCGAAGCGGGUCACACCUUAGGUGCUAUUCCAUGUGCAAUAACUUGGCUUUUUCGUGGAAUUUCUGAACAACGACAAAGGACAGGUGCAAGAUUUAGUGUGCGAGUCAGCUGUGUUGAAUUAUCAGCUGGACAACAACAAUUAAAAGAUUUAUUAGCAGCCUACGCAAAUGAUUCUGAGCAAUCGCCAGCUGUAUAUUUAAGGGAUGAUCCUCUUUUCGGGACUUUGCAACUUCAACAGCACAGUGAACUUCGUGCUCCGACUGCGGAACGAGCAGCUUUUUAUCUUGAUGCCGCUGUUGCUGGUCGUCAACGAGAAGGCGAUACUCAUAUGCUUUAUACUCUUCACGUGUAUCAGUACAGUGUUGCCGGUAAAGGCGGAGUCGCUGGAGGUAGAAGUAGGCUACAUCUAAUGGAUCUAGGAAACUCGGAUCGAGGGAAAUCAUCAGGAGGAAUACCACUCUCAGGUCUGGGAAACAUUCUUAUAGCAAUUUUUAAUGGGCAAAAACAUUUGCCCUAUAAAGAGCACAAACUAACUCAAUUGCUCAAAGAAUGCCUUGGAUCAUUAACAUGUCACGCGGCAAUGAUAGCACAUGUCUCACCAAAUUCACAACAAUACAGCGAAACCCUAACAACAGUUCAAUUAGCAUCGAGAAUACAUCGUAUGAGGCGGAGGAAAAUUAAAUUCAUUGGAAAUAAUGGACAGGGUACAGGAAGUGGUGGUAGUUCAGGUGAAGAAGCUGCUAGACAAAAUAGUGAAUGUGAUCCAAGUUCAAGUGAUCUUUCAGCUGAUACUGUUAUUUACGUUGGUCCAAGUACAGAUGACGCAACUGACGGUGAACAUCCUCCUGUUUAUAUUCCUAGUCUAAAUUCAGGUGAUAAUCGAUGUGCAAUGGGUCGAGUUCUACGCGGUUCAGCUGCUGAAAGACCAAAUAAAAUCGCCGAAGAAAGAAGUCCAGCUCAUAAAGCAACUAAAGCAGUGAAAGCAUUAACUCAAACAGCAUCAAAACAAACAUCACCUGCUCACAGUUUAACACCCAAAGCGAGUCCUGCGAGAAAAAUUAAUUCCACAAAGGCUUCAGCAUCAAAAAAUGCUGAUUCUCCAAAUAGUAAAAUUCCCGUUGCUGUUACAACUGGUGGUUCAGAUGAACAAUGGAUCGAUGGACCAAGAAUCUCAAAAUCCAAAGUUGCCGAAGCAAGACACUUAUUAAAAGACUCACAUCACAAGAGAGAAACCUGGAUAGAUGGUCCAAUGCAAUUAACAACAUCUCUUCAUCAACAACACUCUGGUUAUGGUUUUAUGGACAGUCAUAAAAAGAGUAUGAUUAGAAAAUGGGUGGAGAAUCAAUCAUCACAAAUUCAAAGAAGUAAAUACAAUUCCCGAAAUGAUUCUAAAAUUGGACAAUCAUCACAAUUUAAAGAAUUAUCAAAAAAUAUCGACGAUGAUGAAACAUCAUUAUCAACAAUAGAGAGCGAAAGUAUAAAGGCAAGUGAAAUUGAAGAUAUAACCGAAAAAUUAGGAGCUAAAUUAAAUCUUCUUAAUGUAAAAUCCAACACUGAUUCUGGACUCGAUUUAACUGCAAGUCCAAUACUUGAUAAUUCUCGUAGUAAACUCAAUGUUCAUGAUGAUGAAGAUGAUGAUGAAGAAAUUGUCGUUCCUCCGCCAUUGCCUCUAAUAGAACCUCUUAGCAAUGGCGUAAGUCGCGAAGUUUCCAUGGAAAGUUUAAAUCUCUCUCAUAAAGAUAUCGUUCUACCGUCCAGACAUUCAUUGUCUUCAGAAGACGAGAUUUUGGAAAUUGUCGAAGUUGAAGAUCUCGAGCCUGUUCCAAUGCAAGAUUCUUGUCUUCAAGUUACAGAAGAGGACAUUGCACUCUGCAUGGGAGAAAAUCCUUUACCCGAAAGUGAUCAAGAAGAACAUCCACUCAGGAUACUAAGUCAGGAAAAUCUCACCGUUGUAUCAACAUUCACCGAUUCAAUGUCGGUGAUGUCGGACACUGAACGAUAUAGACCUCAAUAUCAAUUGCCAGUGGGAAUGGGAAUGUUACCGCGGCCUUAUUUCGAUCACGAAGACUUUUUGGAACAGGAAAGCAGGCACAAGUUCGAUCAAUUGGCUCGACUCCACGAGUUAUACCAAAGUAAAUUAGCCCUUGCCAACGUUUCAAAUUCCGCGACUUACCAAAGGGAAAACUCCUCAUCAGUCACCAUCAGAGAUGCUCCAUCCGCCACGACAUUCCGUCCACCUUCCCGGUGUCAAUCAUUAUCACUCUCGGACGUUCUCUUCAAUGACAACGCAAGCAAUCAUGGCAGUACCUUCAGUGAACCGGCCUAUAUAGCUGGAAAAUCAGAACAGGAGAAAAUUUGUGACAAUUGUCGACAAACAAUGUCACGACCAGAGACAGCAUCCUACUGGUAUCCAAGUAGUGUAGCACAUCUUGCCAGUCCCAGAAGAUAUUGUGGUAAAUUGGGAGAAUGCAAUAUUUCAAGUCUACGACAUCCCGACGGUGCUUCAAAUCCAAAUCUCAAAGAGGAAAUUGAAAGGAUACCUGGUAACGGAGCCUCGGGCUCCGAUCCUGAAGAGGAAUAUAUCGAAGCUAAAAAACUCUUUGGUACAAACGAAAGAACGGAAAGAACAGUUACCGGAAAAUCUGAUAUCGAAGAGGACCGAAAAACAAUUGUUGCGACACCACUUCAAAUAUCAAUACCAAGUUCAGUGCCAUCAUCGGGUCGAAUGCAACGCAAAAUUCUAAGUCUAGGAUCAUCAUUUGGUUUGAAUAAAGAUGGUUAUGAUUCGGGGGCUGAUUCAACGCCAAGAGCUGCUAAACUUUCACCAGCAACACUAUCGAGACAUCGAGCAGAGAGUUCAGGAUACGACAGUAUUGUACGUGAUAGUGAAACAAGUAGCAUUGCAAGUGACUCGUCAAGACACACAAAUGCCCUCCAAGAACAUCAAGCGGUGGAACAACCGGGGGCAGGAUGCGUGCUCCGGGUCCCGGCCCAGGGAAUUCCCGCGGGGAUUCUCGUCUACACAGGCGAGGACGUAGCAACUCUGGACAGACGCGCACAGCUGCGCUCGGAGCCGCGUGGAAUAAUGUUCAAGAUACACAACCUACGUCUGCGCCAGCGCCUUCUUAGACGGGAAUUACGCGAUGCUAAAAGGCGACUAAUGAUGUCCGAUGACCGUUGGAGUUACGAACUGCACGUGGAGGACAGUAUGGACUGGCGGGAUCCAGCUUUCUUGGAAGCUCUCGAGGCAGAGACGUUCAUUCUCCAAAAAAGAGUGGAAGCCUGCAAGAGUCACGUGAUACUGAUAACCUGUUUCGAUUCGUAUCCAAGGAGAGAAUCAAUAUACUUGGAUACACCAACUGGAAUCAAAAUCACCUAACAAUUAUUCGGAUCAGCGCAAAUUACUACGUGCUGAUCAUUCAUUCCAAUUGCAACUCCAUUAGAAACAAAAGUUAAAUGCUUCUUUGUUGUAAAGAAAAUAAAGAAAUGCAAAUUUUGAAAAAGACUAUUUAAAUAGAAAAAUUGGGAUUCUACAUAUGUAGGAAACUGUGACUGACGUGUGUGUAAAACAAAAUCCAAAAAUUGAAUGCUUUAAUUUUUUUUUUUUUUUAAAUUUCUAAAAUGCAUUUUCAAAUGCUUUCCAAUGUUUUUGUUUUUUAGAAAUUUGACCAAAAAAAAAAAAAUUACAGCAUUGCAAUUAUAUUCCAUUCAAAUAAAUAGAUGACUAUAAUUAAAAUUGUUUCUAUUGUACUUUUUCCCAUCGUUUUUUAAUUGAAAAAAAAAGAAUUGUCCAAACUUUGUUAUAUAAAAAAAAAAACUGCCAUUGUAUUUUAAAAAUUCGUUAAAUUAUCAUGAUAAUCGUCAUUAAUUACUGAGACUGAAAGAUUGCAAAGGCAACAGAUAAACAGCUAACUUCCGAUUAAGACUGUUAGGCAAUUUUUCUAUUUCUUAAAACAAAAAUGAGACGAAAAUAAAGAAUAAGUGAAUAAAUGUAUGUGUGUGGGAUUUAAUGUUACAAAAAAUGAAUUUAAAGAAAAAGCCUCUACGAGAAAAAUUACAAUUUUCAUACAAAAAUUUUUCAUUAAAAUUUUAAAACAAAAUUUUCAAAUUAUCACAAUUUUCUAAUAACAAUUUUUAUCGUAUCAAUAUUUUUAAAGUUUUUUUUUUCUUUUUUUUUGAACCAACUAAUCUAUUUAAUACAGAACAAAUUUAAAAAUUUCAUAUCGAAUUUGUACAUUAAAAACUUUUUAUAGAAAAAUAUUCCAAGUUUUUGUCUUCCUAAUGAUGUUCUAAGUUUCGAAAUUUUCUUUUAAGAGCGUGAGAGAAAAACAGAGAGAGAGAGAGAGACAUAAAAAUUUGUAUUUAUUUUUUUUUCUAUAAUUUAAAAAUUAUUAACGAUCAGGGUGCGAUAAGAAUCGAACUGACUCUUCCGAAAACAAAAAAUGCAAAUCGUACUGCCAAAUCAAUAUACGAUUUACAAUUAAACACAGGCCGUAAGUAUUAAUAUUAAUGCACGCACGUUAAUUCAAAAUAAUAUCGUAGCUUUAAUCGUUAUCUCGCAGUUACUGCACUUUGUAGAGCUCCUAUAAUUCACUUACAAUUAGAGAGACUCCAGUCAUUAAUGAAAAAAAAAAUAAAUAAAUAAAAAAAAAACGUAGCUCAUCAAAUUCUACCACACGCAUAGAUUACAAUAUUAUAAUAAGAAACUUUUCUGCGUGAGCCUCACCCUCCGUUUUCAAAACCAGAAAAAUCACAAUUUUCGUCUCUUCAACAAUAAUAAAUGCUAAUAAUUUUAAAUUACACAAAAAAAAAAAAAUUCUUUUUAUAUAUAAUACAAUUUUUGUUGACCCUUCUUUCCCUAUAAUUUGACUAAAUAAAUUAUUUAAAAUAUUUAAAAAAUUAAUUAUGUGAAUAAUUAUUAAUUAAUGUUAUUUGUAUUAUUAUUUAUAAUUAUUUAUGUUAUUAUUUAUUAUUAUUAUUUGGAUUAUUUUAAUAUUACUUCAGAUACUAAAUUUUAAAUAAUUUUAACUUUUUCAUGUUUGAAAAGACGAAAACUGUAAAUUUACUGUGUUAUUCUGAAUGUAUGUUUCUUUUGACAUAUAAUAAUUGGAAUCAGUCGCGCGGAAACGAAAAAUUAUUUUAAAAAAUCCAUUCUUUUUUUUUAUUGACUUGAGAGAAAAGAAAAAAAAAAACAUUUCAAAGAUUGUCACACGUCCAGAAUUUUUAACGAUUUUCAAUAUAUAUAUAUAUUUAUUUAUCGGACUAAUAUUAGUGCUCUCGAAAUUUGGAAAAAUUUUAUAAAUUAAUUUUUACAUAUAUAGGUAGCUGUGUAAAAGGGCCAAUUUUUAAGCUCUUGUUUGCCAAUCUCAUUGGCAAGAAAAAGAAAAAAAAAAAAAUCAAUUGCCAAAGGGAGCCAGUCCGUCUGUCAUAAUUGAUCUACUUCUAAAUCCCUUUCAAAAAGUAUUGUACCAUAGUCAUUGUAUUAUAUUUAUAUUUGAUAUGUACAAAUUAGAUAUGUAAUUUCUUGUAAUAAAGAUCAAUUUACAAUGGGU